GUUGUCAUCAGUGAUGUAGCAGCAGCCAGAAUCGUGCUCCUAACACGUGUGGAGGCAAUCUGGGGUGUCGAUGGCUCUAUAAGGAGGCACUUUAAGAAAAACCGUCAAUAUUUUGGUCGUGGAACUGACUCGCCAAAAAAGAUCGAAUAGCCCUCUGCUCAUUUCUUACAGCAGGGCGCCAUCUUUUAAGGAACAUUUUGGGUAGAGUAAAAUACAACCCAGCAGCAACUCAGGCCUUCCAACUCAAAGUUCAGCUAUUGGAUUCUUUCAGAGAAUCAAGGAAUUUCGUCAGCUAACAAAGCACGAUGAUGAAGUACAUCUUGGUAACCGGCGGCGUCAUCUCUGGCAUCGGCAAAGGGAUCAUUGCCAGCAGCGUGGGCACAAUCCUCAAGUCAUGCGGUCUGCGUGUGACUGCCAUCAAGAUCGACCCGUACAUCAACAUCGAUGCCGGCACCUUUUCACCGUAUGAGCACGGUGAAGUGUUUGUGCUGGACGACGGUGGCGAGGUGGAUCUGGACCUGGGCAACUAUGAGCGCUUCCUAGACAUCCGGCUCACAAGAGAUAACAACCUGACCACCGGGAAGAUUUAUCAGUCAGUCAUCAACAAAGAGAGGAAGGGGGACUACCUGGGCAAGACUGUGCAGGUGGUGCCCCAUAUUACAGAUGCAAUCCAGGAGUGGGUCAUGACCCAGGCCAAAGUGCCAGUUGACGGGGAUGAGAUCGAGCCCCAAGUCUGUGUCAUCGAGCUGGGAGGAACUGUCGGCGACAUCGAGAGCAUGCCUUUCGUCGAGGCUUUCAGGCAGUUCCAGUUCAAAGUGAAGAGGGAGAACUUCUGCAACAUCCACGUCAGCCUGAUACCACAGCCCAGCGCGACAGGAGAGCAGAAGACCAAACCAACACAGAACAGCGUCAGAGAGCUGAGGGGCCUGGGUCUGUCUCCUGACCUGAUCAUGUGCCGUUGUUCCACCGUUUUGGAGACUUCCGUGAAGGAGAAGAUCUCCAUGUUCUGCCACGUAGAACCUCAGCAGGUGAUCUGCGUGCACGACGUGGCGUCCAUCUACAGGGUGCCCUUACUGCUGGAGGACCAGGGCGUGGUGAGCUACCUGAGCAGGAGGCUCAACAUGCCCAUCGAGACCAAGUCCAGGACCAUGCUGACCAAGUGGAAGGAGAUGUCAGACAGGUCCGACAGGCUGCUGGAGCAGUGCUCCAUAGCCCUGGUGGGAAAGUACACCAAGUUCUCCGACUCCUACGCCUCAGUGAUAAAGGCUCUGGAGCACUCUGCGCUGGCCAUCAACCACAAACUGGAGGUCAAGUAUAUCGAUUCGGCGUGUCUGGAGCCGAGCACCCUGCAGGAGGAGCCGGUGAAAUACCACGAGGCCUGGCAGAAACUCUGCAGCGCUGACGGCAUCCUUGUUCCUGGAGGUUUUGGUGUGAGAGGAACUGAGGGGAAGAUUCACGCCAUCAACUGGGCGAGGAAACAGAGGAAACCCUUCCUGGGGGUCUGCCUCGGAAUGCAGCUGGCUGUCUGUGAAUUUGCCAGAAACGUGCUCGGCUGGUCAGAUGCCAACUCCACUGAAUUCGACCCAGAAUCGACGCAUCCUGUGGUGAUCGACAUGCCAGAACACAACCCCGGCCAGAUGGGUGGAACAAUGAGGCUGGGCAAGAGGCGCACCAUCUUCAAAACCAGCAACAGCGUGCUGCGGAAACUUUAUGGAGACGCAGAUUACGUGGAUGAGAGGCACCGACAUCGCUUUGAGGUCAACCCUGAGCUAAAGAGCUACUUUGAUGACAGAGGCUUCCGCUUCGUCGGUCAGGAUGUGGAAGGAGAGAGGAUGGAAAUCAUCGAGCUUGACGAUCACCCGUAUUUCGUCGGAGUGCAGUACCACCCCGAGUUCACGUCCCGCCCCAUCAAGCCAUCGCCCCCAUAUCUGGGCUUGCUGCUGGCAGCUGCAGGGAAGCUGCCGAGCUACUUACAAAAAGGAUGCCGCCUGUCUCCAAGGGACAUGUAUAGCGACCGAAGCGGCAGCAGCUCCCCGGAUUCUGAGAUAGCGGAGCUGAAAUUCCCUCCUGGUUCUGAUUCUGCAUGAAGACUCAACGCUUUACCUUCGUUUAUUAUCGGAGAGCAUUGAGCUGUGCCAGCAGCUUUUUAAUUUGAACUUUUUUAUGAAUGUGUAAAGUAUAUAUCUGAUACUGUUGCUGUGCUUUGGCCACAAACGGAAGUCCUGCACUAGGGCUGGGUGGUACGGCUUCAAAAUAAAAUCUUCUCUCUUCUUC